GAACGAACCUCGCGAACGUCAUGUCAUCAAAGCACAACAACAUACAACAUUCUUACAAAAACAUCUUGCUGUCAAUCUUACCUAUCUAUUGAAUAAUUAAAGCGACGGUGACAAUUCAAAGUCGUAUUCUUUCCGUGCCUUGAUUGAAUCUGAACACCAGUCGGAAUAAAUUAUUGACAGGUGGGAAAACGAUAUAACCCAUUUCUCGUUUCAAACACAAAGUACAGCUUACCUCCCUGGGUACACAAAAGGUGCAACAUCUUGGGACCUAAAACUACUUUGUCAAACCAACCUGUCAAACCAACCUGUCAAACUCGCAUAUUUCCGAUGCCAGAAUACCAAUUGAACCUAAUCUAAAGAACAAACAACUACGCACCUACACACCUACCAAUAACCAGUUUUCCUUCACCUCUCAUCUACAUCUACAUCCACACUUCCGAUCCUGCAGAAAUAUAUCCCAAGAAUAACACCCGCGUGUCAACCAGGAACCUGAUAGAUAUCUUCUUGUAUCUCAGAAGCUCAUUUGAUUUGCAAGAGAUGUCGGGCAUACCGCGAUAUAACAAUGCACCACUAAAUGCACGAUCGGGUGUUCCUGUCCCUCCCACCGGGCCUUCAACAUCCUCUGAAACGGCCGCGCCUGCAUCAUCAUCAGAACCUCUGAGCAACAGCAACCCCACCACGACAUCAUCCUCAUCCUCCUCGUAUCCACGAGCGCAACCCGCAGCUGCAGUACCCAUUCCUACUGGGCUUGCAAACUCGCAACGUUACGCCCCUCCCCCCGCAGCUGCAGCUACGACGACCAAACCAGAGCCAACGCGCACGAUAAAAGAAGAUUACGACGUGCCGCCUGCACCCCAGCCAGGUGCUUUCCCUAAGCCGAUUACUGGGUUCGCGGGAAAUACGUUCGCAUCGCAAACUAAAUCUGUGCCUCCGCCUCCGAGAGCGGGGUCUUCAUAUGCUGUCGACCACAAUGCGACUUCUUCAAUGCCACCCAAUCCAAGUGCGGGGCAAGUUGCGACGAUGGAGAAUCAUACAGAAUACCCCCCUCAGAUGACGAUACCGCCGCCAAGCAUCACCCGCGCACCGUUUUCGACGACGAUGAUAAUGGAUGCGAGCACAGCAGCUCAGACAUCGGGUUCAUAUGGGACAAUGCACCCUCAACCAGUUUCUGUUGGCGAUGCGUAUGCUCAUCGUGUACAGCAGGAAAAUGAGGCAUAUGGACAGCGACGCAGUGUGGAAUACUUGGAGCAUCCGCCGGGGUACGUGCAGAAUGCGUAUGCGGCUGAACUGAGCAGUGAUCAGAGGAGAGCAAUGGAUGUCAAUGAGAGGAGAGAGAAUGCCAGUGUAGGUGGGGUGAAUAGUGGGGGUGAGGAGGAGGGGAUCUGGGGGAGUGCAAAGAGGUGGGUUGGGAGUGCCGGGAGUAAGUUGAGUGAGGGGGAGAAGGAAGUUUGGAGGAGAAUUAACGGGCAGUAGAGUUUACUAGGGUUGACGGUAGUCUGGUGGAGUGGGAUCAUGGGGUCUACGAGAGAUAUGAUGAUACGAUACAUUACGAAACGAGACGUGAAAAUUCGACAAGACGAUGUACGAUUGUGUAUGAUUAGGUAGCAGUAGACUGAUACAUUUAUAGCUACAAAGGAUAUCCGGGCAGAGUACUUUUAAACAGGAAUGAUAUUUUUUUUUAUAAAAAUACUUUACGGAAGCCUGUUGUCUGGUACAAGCAAGUGCGUAAGCCACAUCAGACAAAUUGACCUGAAUAGUUUGCAGACAGUCCAAUACAGUACCGUGGGCAGAUACAAUAAGUAUCAGCCUCUGUGCAAAUGGAGAUAAGCAAGAAUGUAGAUACUGAUAAGAAUAGAAGCAGAACCCCUAUCUCUCGAGGCA